GCCUAUCGCGGAUGUACGAUAUAUAUAUGUAACGAUUCGCGCGCCUCGGGCUUAUAGACGACCUCAGUCAGCGAUUUCGAUCUCUCCCUCUAUACAUGCAAAUCGUACGUAUGUACACGCUGGACUGAUAUUAUAAUAGUCCUCGAGGGCUAUUUCACCUACAUACGUAUACGAUACGCAAAAUGUACUAUGUGCUCGAUGUGUCGUGAGUGUGUGGCACAGGUAGGUGUACAUACAGCAACGUUGAAUAUCGAUUCCCUUAGACAGUUAGCCCCCGCGCAGUGCACAGAGCUCCGCGAGCCUUACACAUUGGUCGCUGCUGCUGCUGCUGUUGCUGGCAGGGUAGUAAUAAUACAACGAUAUAAAGCUUAGCACACCGUGCAUGGCAGGAGUAUAAGUCGCGCCGUCAUGACGACUUGUUGCCGCAACUACCACCACCACCACCACCAUUACCAUCACCUUAACGGAGGAUAUAAUUUUUACAACGAUACGAGCAGUGAUGAUGCAUCAUCAUCCUCCUCGUGCCGAUCGUUAUCGACGCCGUUUUUACUGCCCCGCGCUUGAAUCGUCGCUCCUCGUCCUGGUCGCGCUCGCGGCGCUGCGGAUCGGCUCGCCCGUGGCCGACGCCAAGAUACUGUCCGGCCACUUGACCACUUACCAAAACUGGGCUUUCUUGGCGCGAUUCUGCUUCCUCUCGGAGAAGGGCCGAUUCCAGUACGACUUCAUCAUCCACAACAAGUACACCGAGGCGAAUCUGCUGCUCUACUACGACUCGCCGCAGCAGUGGCCCGCCGUCUAUCCGUCCAACAAGACGUGCCUCGAGCGCGAGUCGGUGCUGAGACGCGACCUCGGCCAGAUCGUGUCGCUGUCGCCGCACACGAGCUACACCCAGAUCUCCGGCUGCUACUUCACCCAUGGGACCGAUCCUGCCACGGGCAAGAACGAGAGCGAGGCCGCGGUGCGCUGCAGCAGCUAUCGGGAGUUCAGAUCGGCCAGGCCGAGAUGGUGGUUCAUCGCCCUCUCCGACUGUCACUCGGAUCUCGGCCUCAACGUGUCCUACUGGAUAUCGCUGACCAACGCGGAGCCCGGCAACUUUUGGCGCGAGCAUUUUUCCGCCGAUGAGUUCUACAUUCUUCCCGAGCUCAUAGUGGGCUCGGCCUUCUACGUGGUGCUGUUCGGCCUCAGCAUCUACGUCGCGGCCCAGCUGAAGACCAGGCGGCUGCUGCACGUCACCUACAAGCUGUUCAUGAUGUCCCUGCUGACCCAGCUCUGGGGUCUGCUCUUUCAGGUCUACAGUUACGUCACCCGGGCGCUCUACGGAUACGAUCUGCACGGCUUUCAUCUGGCCGGAAAUCUCCUGGAGGCCGUCUCGGAGACGUGCUUCACGAGCCUGCUGUUGCUCAUGUCGCUCGGCUACACCGUCACCAAGAGCGUGCUCACCCCCGUGCAGAGCUGGCGACUCAGCCUCUUCAUCGGUCUCACCGUUUCGCUCCAGCUUCUGCUGUUCAUAUAUCAAGCGGAGGCCUUCGAUCCUGGUCUGGUGCUCUAUCUGUACGAGUCGCCGCCUGGUUACGGACUCAUUGCUCUGAGAAUAUGGGCUUGGGUGGUGUUUGUCGCCUGCUGCUACAAGACCAGCAAAGCUGCAGCAGCCAAAUUCCAUUUCUACGGUUCUCUUCUGUCGCUGGGCUCUGCCUGGUUUUUAUGUCAGCCUCUAGUGGUAAUCACUAUGACAUUCUUUGUUGACAAGUGGGUUCGGGAAAGUGUUGUUAAAGGUUUUUCAUUGUGGGUUGUGUUUGUUGGUCACUGCAUGUUUCUUUAUGUAACAAGACCAUCGACAGCAAACAGCAAUUUUCCAUUUCAUAUAAGAACAUUUCAAGUUGUUCCAAUUGCAGGAGAAGGUCAAGGCAAUAGUUAUGAGCCUAAUGGUAGAUCACCUCACAUAGUCAUGAGGUACUUUACUGUAACAAAUUCACAACCUAUGGUUUCAACUAUUACGUAAAUGUGUAAAAUAGGAAAAUUCAUGUAAAAAGCUAGUCAAAUUUUACAACUUGUAAAUAUAUAUUUCUUGCAUACUGAA